ACGCUGUGCCAGCGAAUGGGCAGCACUUUUGUGAUUCAGUGUGUUUGUUGUUGAUGCGUAGCAAAGCAACUAAAUUUGAUUUUAUUUCAGCUAUCCGUGUUUAGUGAAUGCUUGAGCAUAUUUCAUUAUCCUGCAGCGCGUGACGUCACAAAAAAGGUUUGAAAAUGAAUUACGGCCGGAAAACGCCCUCGACCUACCGAUCGAAUCCCUCGAUGUACUCCCAUGCCACGGGCAGAUCCUCUACAAACCUACAUUCGAAAAUGUCGCGUUCCACGCGAAGCGUACGCAUUCCCUGGUACCAGAGGCCCCUCCUGAAGAACAAUCAAUACAUUGACAUACAGAAAGGUGCGAUGCUUAUAGGCCUAUUUGCUGUAUUUCUCUCACUCUUUACCAUUGGCACUACCAUCUUUGAUAUCUAUUGUUAUGCCAUGGCUGCUCCAGGAUCCACCCAUUAUGGCUACUAUAUCAUAUCGUACGAGUUUGUGUAUGUUGGGAACAAGCACGUACGCAACAUGCUAAUUGUAUUUGCUUUAUUCUCGCUUAUUAUGGCGCUCAUCAACUUUGUCACCAGCAUCUUACUGUGCGUCGCCUUGCGUAAGGAAUACGAAAGAAAGGUGCUGCCCUGGCUGUGGACCUUUGCCAUCUUCACCGUUUGGCGCGCCUUGGCUCUAAUAUUCUUUGCCAUUGUUAAUGAUUUGUAUUUUGCCUACAAUAUCAUAAUGGUACUGCUUUGGAGCAUCUUUUGUCUGGUUUCCAUCUAUGGCUGGGCCGUUGUAUAUUCGCUGUUCCUGGAACUAGUAGAUCUUACUAAGCUCGAAGAUCUGGCGCACUUACGUAUGGGCACCAUGGCCUCGCUGCACGCAUCCACAGCUAACUCUCUGGCUGGCUCGCGUCCCACAACCCCCCACAGUACUGUGUCUACAAUGCCAGUGGGCUAGACAAUGUGCUACUAACAUUCCAAGCACAACGAUACCGUCCGGCGGAGUGUUACACAAGGACACCGUUCCACACUCACCAGUUUAGUGCCUUAGAUGUGUUUAAACAGUGUCUAGUACAUAUCAAAAACGAAUUGCAAUUGCAAAUUUUUUUACAUGAAUGCAAAGUAUUUAUAUUUAAGUCUCAUUCCGUCCAUUUACAUACAUAUAUGUAUAUGUAAUUAUGUUUAUUUAAACAAUCUUGUUAAUGAGAUCUUUAUCGAAUUAUGUGUUUAGAUGUCAUAUUUGUAUACACAGCAACCGUCAUUUGUAACAACAA